AGGUCAACUUAUAAGCGUGUAUUACAACAUUAUCUUUGUCUGUCUUUACAUAGUAUACAUCACAGGACAUUUGUUCUGUGUUACAUCAGACUCAGAGCAAUGGCAACAGUAGGAAGAAUGAAGUUAGGAUCACAAGGGAUGGAAGUGUCCUUACAAGGACUUGGUUGCAUGAGCAUGUCUGCUUUCUAUGGUCCUCCUAAACCUGAACCUGAUAUGAUUUCUCUCAUCCACCAUGCUAUACAAUCUGGUGUCACUUUUCUUGACACUUCUGACAUUUAUGGCCCUCACACCAAUGAAGUUCUUCUUGGAAAGGCUUUGAAGGGUGUGAGAGAGAAGGUUGAAUUGGCUACUAAGUUUGGAGUCAGAGCUGGUGAUGGAAAAUUUGAGAUCUGUGGUGAUCCAGGUUAUGUGAGAGAAGCUUGUGAGGGUAGCUUGAAGAGACUUGAUAUUGAUUGUAUUGAUCUCUAUUAUCAACAUCGUAUUGAUACUCGUCUUCCGAUUGAAGUCACGAUCGGAGAGCUUAAAAAACUUGUUGAAGAGGGAAAAAUAAAAUACAUUGGUUUGUCUGAGGCCUCAGCUGCAACAAUCAGAAGAGCACAUGCAGUUCAUCCAAUAACAGCUGUGCAGUUGGAGUGGUCACUAUGGUCAAGAGAUGUCGAGGAAGACAUAAUUCCAACUUGCAGGGAACUGGGUAUUGGAAUAGUUGCAUAUAGUCCUCUUGGGCGAGGAUUCUUUUCAACAGGAACAAAGUUACUCGACAACUUGCCACAGGAUGAUUACCGGAAGCAUUUGCCUCGAUUUCAAACUGAAAACCUGCAGCAGAAUCAGACUAUAUUUGACAAAGUUAAUGAAUUGGCUACAAAGAAGGGAUGUACUCCACCUCAGCUUGCACUAGCCUGGCUUCAUCACCAAGGAAAUGAUGUGUGCCCAAUACCUGGAACCACCAAAAUUGAGAACUUGAAUCAAAACAUCGGUGCUCUAUCUGUGAAACUAACACAAGAAGAAAUGGUAGAACUUGAGUCUUUAGCAGAUGCUGUUAAGGGUGGUAGAUAUGGGGAUGAAAUAAGUACAUGGAAGAAUUCUGAUACUCCACCACUCUCUUCUUGGAAAGCUGUGUAAUGAAGUGAUUUUCUUGCUUAAUGCUCAUACUAGUCUUUUACCUUUAACAAAUAAAUCAGUAUGAGUUUCCUUUUGAAUGGAUUUGGUUGUAUAAAACUAUGCUUUAUGAAUUGAACUAGACAGUUCAACCGGUUGAACUGUAAACCGGCACUGUCUAUGGUUCAUUGAACGGUUCGACUGUGGUUUUGCCAGUUCAAUGUUUAAAACAUUGGUAUAAAAACUUAAUAGUUUAAAGUAUUUGAUGCGGAUUUUUAAGUUCGAUUGAA